AUGGCAUGGGAGGAGGUACUGAGCAGUGGAUGGGUGGGUGGGUGUGUGCCUACUCGGGUGAGUAGCUGCUCCUGGAUGCAACCUGAGGCAGAGGACCAUGCAGUCUCGGCGCCUGAGUAAGCGCUCUGUGCCUAAUAUGAGUGAGGGGACUCCAUGUGAAGAUGCCCCAGGCUCUGAGAUGAGGCCAGUGGCUGUUGACAGAGGCAAAUCACACAGAGAAGGAGAACACAAGGAACAUGGGAGACCCACAUGUCAUGGAGAGAGGGAUCUGAAGUGGCCCUGUAAGGGAGUGUGCGCUAAUUCUGCAAUGGAACCUAAAGCAGGCCACUAUUGUACACCAAAUCUACAAAUGGCUGCCCAGAUGAGAAAGGACUUGGAGUCGGAAAAUUCCAGAAGGGGCUUUGAACAUGAUUCAGAAAUGAAACAAGACUACAGACGGUCAAUCUAUCUUCUUGAGGAAAAGCGCAAGGUGGUUUCAUCCAAUAUUGAUGUUCCUCAAGCUAGGAGAGAAUUUGGUGACAUUUCAUGGAUUUAUCAGCGACUUGUUCUUCAUAUGGAGAGAAAAUGUGAAGAUGAAGUAGAUAUGGAUAAAGUGACAGCUGCCAUGGUACUGACUAGCCUGUCUACAAGCCCUGUGGUCCUCAGCCCUCCUGCUCGUCUAACUGAUAAUAAUAAUGGGUCUUGGAAAGAAGUUGGGUUUAUUGCUUCGAGCACUAGCAGUAGUGACUACUGGAGUUGGGGAACACCAAGUGACUACUCCUACCCUUCCACUCCAUCACCACCGCAAUCUGUGGACAGUGUCAAACAUUUCCGAUCACCACUCCACCAAGAUGAUACUGUUGAAGACUCUGAAACAAGUGGCUUUCUUUUUGAUGAUCCUAUUCCAAGAAAAAGAAAGAACUCAAUGAAGGUGCUGUUCACAUGUCUCUGGAAGACUUGCGGCAAGGUUUUGAGCACAGCAGCUGGAAUCAAGAAACACAUCAGAACCAUUCAUCUAGGACGUAGUGGAGAAUCAGAGGAUAAUGAUGGAGAAGAGGACUUUUACUAUACAGAAGUCAAAAUGAACAUGGACCCCUUUGAUGGUGCUAGCAACAUGUCGCCCGUAUCGCCUUUGGUAUCGCCCUCUUCAAGGUCACUUUCCUCAGAUACUGGAUGUUAUGACACUUUUUGUGCCAAAGCAGAGAGUAAAAUUAACAGUUCAACUCCCAGCCCUUUCUACCUUCUGACCUCUGAACGUGGUGCUUACCAGACGUCUUCCCCAGUUAAUAUUCCAGGAUCAAAAAAGUUACAUCUUAACAUCAACAGCUUCAACGCCAGCUCAGGUUCAAGUACCUGCUGCAAUAGUGCUGAGGAUCACAGACAGUAUGAACAGACAGUUAUAUCAUCCCCAACAAGAGCAGGAAUGGGAAUGAGUGCCAGAAAACCUCGUGGUGAAAACAAAAAGUGUCGCAAAGUGUAUGGAAUGGAGAACAGGGACAAGUGGUGCACUGCCUGUCGCUGGAAGAAAGCCUGCCAGAGGUUUCUUGACUGAAUUGUGAAAUGGUACCAGACCUACGGAUAACAUUUUGACAAUGUAGGACAAUGGUUGCAAAGGCGAAAUUAAGAUGUUACACAAUGAGACUAUUUAGGACUGUUCAUCAGUUAGAAUAUAAGCCAAGUCCAUACAAUUGAAGAAGAAUAAUGUACUGUAUAACAAAUGCACUUAUUUAUGAAUUUUUUUUUGUAAAAAAAUGUUCGUUUCCUUAAAGCAAGAUUUGGACACUUUUAUAAUAAAAUAAUGUGCAAUGAAAAAGGGACCCAUAAGAACGAAACAUUUCCAGUGCCUCGUAUUGAACAUGUACGAGCCAAAUAAUGAUUUGUCUAAGCAUGUUUAAAAAACAAAUCCAAUAUUCCACAGACCAACCUGGGAUGUAA